UUAUUGUAGUUAUUGAUUUCAUUUAGAUAUUUGGAAUUAUAUGAAUUAUGUAAUCAUCUUCUAAUAACCUUGAGCAGUACCAUUAUACCUUGCCCUUCCUUGAUUAUUCCUGUUUUUCCAUUUUUUCUAUUUAUUUUAAUGAUUAAGAAUGUUGGUCUUAUCAUUCUGUAUUUAUUCCACAGGAGUUGGAGCUUGAACAGAAGAUUGAAGUGGAGAUAAAGAUGCGCGAGGGGACAACCAAACUGCUUGCUGCCUGCAAGCACCAGACACAAAGUUUGGAGGCUGCCAAGAGUCUUUUAACAUCGAACGAGAGAAUGUCCGCUUACCUCGCCGAACUGCAGAGGAGAAAGAGGCUACAAGUGGCAAAGAGUAUUGGGUGCACUGCACGAGUGUGCCUUUCCGAUCUCCGAAUGCCUCUGAUCUGGAGGGACACGGACCACUUCAAGAACAAAGGUGAUUACAGGAGGUUCGCUGUGUUCUGCCUCGCAAGGAUCGGUACUGAGAUGUAUGACACAUCCCUCUUGUGUCCUGUUGACCGAUCCCUUACCGACCUCACCUUCCCAGAUGUUCUAGUCUUCAACCAAGUUAGCUCAGACUUCACUUUUACUCUUGAAGUCUACAGUCACAUGUUAAGGGAUGACAUGUCAAUGGCUAGUACAAGAAAGAAAAUCAAGAACACCAUCCACAAUUCCAUCAGUCGGACAGUUGGCAAGAAGCUUGCUGCCUCUCUCCGGGAUGAGCUUAACUCAGGAAAAAUCGGACCAAACUUCGAGCUGAUGGCAUCAGCACGACUUACUUUGGACGAUAUAAACGAUGGAAUCAGAACUCAUGACCUCAAGCUGGAAACGUCUGAUAUUGCAAGAAGAAGUGGAGAUGGCCUCCCCCUCUUUGGUCAUUUCUGUUGCCGCUUGGCAGCCCAGCCCGAGUGUCUCAUCAAAGAGACGGUCUCUUCAAUAACAGAAGGUGGUGGGUUUGCCAGCCUUCAGGGAUUCUCAGUCAGCCUGUGGCCAAGCAGGCAGGCAAACCUUGAUGGCAGCCCUCCUCAGGCCGUCGUUCCUGUUAACAGGGAAACUGUAAUUAAAUGUACAAAAUCAGGAAAUGAGAUCUUGCUGGUGAAUGAAAGGGAAGGGAAAGAAGAAACAACAGUGCUUAAAUUGAGGAAUCUUGAAGAGAGAGAAUUGUGGAUCAGGCAUUUGACUGACCAUGUUAAAGACCACGAGAGAUGGAAAGGGGCUGCAGAAACAAAUAUGGAAAUAUACUCACCCGGUUCUGGAAAACAGAACUUCGUCAGGUCUCACAGGCAAGGUUCACUUUAUGAUGAAACACCAAUCAUAGACACAGGCCGUGGGACUGAAUAUCGAGCAACUGUGCAGGACAUUUUUGGCCUAACCCCAUCAACCAGCCUUAGUUCUUGCUCUUCUUCCUCAUCACCUACCUUGCGGGAGAGGUCCCUCUCAGUCUGCAGCAAGCCAAAGACAGCCUCCCGAUGGCCAUUCUCGAAGGCGACCAGCCACGAUUGA